AACUCCCCGCCCCACCGCUCCCCCGUCAGUAUAUAAGCAACUGGAGACCUUGAGGGAAACACAGACGGUCGCAGGAGCUCGUCGGGUCAACAUGAGGUCUGUACUGGUAAUCCUCGCUUUGGCGGCCGCGGUUGUAACGGCGGCGCCCCAGAAUACCAAGCGGAAGGAGAGGCAGGUGGUGGUGACGAACCCUCUCAACUACCCCUCGCUGCUCUACAUCAACUCGGCCGCGGGACACGCCAGAACCACCAACUCGAACUCAAGCAGCUCCCCAAUCUUCGAACUCAUCCUCUACCCCGCUGACCCUGACCCUCCAAGCCCCAAGUUCGCCGUGGUUGUCCUGGGCGGGGGAGAGGCCACGGGUACCAUCAAACUGACCCAGAACGCGCCGCCCACAGGGGAGGUACGCAUCGAGGGGACCAUCUCCAACCUAACCCCCGGCCUCCACGGCUUCCACAUCCACGAGAAGGGAAGUCUGGAGCUCGGAUGCGUCUCGGCGGGCGGCCAUUAUGACCCGUUCAAGCGUGACCACGGCUCGCCUCAAAACCUCGAGCGCCACGUGGGUGACCUCGGGAACAUCCUCGCGGACGAAACCGGCAUCGCGGUCGUCAACAUCACCGACCCGCUCGUCACGCUGGUGGGGCCGAGGUCGGUGGUCGGGCGCGCUCUUGUCGUCCACGCCGGGGAGGACGACCUGGGCAAAGGCGGACACCCCACCAGCCUCACGACGGGCAACGCUGGCGGCCGCGUGGGGUGUGGCGUCAUAGGGAUCGCUUAAGUUGAGGUUGUGGCGGACACACACACACACACACACACACACACACACACACACACAGGCACUACUUCGGUAUAGGAAUCGCUUAUUUGAAGGCUGUGGCAGAGACGAUACACAUAGGUCCUAAUUUGUUACAGGGAUCGCUGAGAAAGAGGCCGGAAUUCCCAGACGAUCCACUAUUUCCAGAGGUCGAAAAGCAAAUUAAUCGGGUUUUAAUGAGUGGGCUUUUUUUUAAAUUAUGGUAUACAGGAGAAGGGUCACACUACUACAAGGGUUAUAAAUCUACCCCUGGAACUGCCACACACACUCAUCACCACCACAUAACCCCAUACACUUUUUCACUUAAUUCCACAACCACGCACUACCACCUUAACGUCACAACCAACAUACUCAUCAACACGUUCACUACCACCUGACACCACACACCAACACCAACACCACUCAUCACCGUAUUCACCACCACCACCACGGCACGCAGCGUCUCUAGAUCUACACCACACACCCUUCACCACAAUACUUCUUCACCAGUUAGAAUCACGAUAUCAGAAGUGUGUGUAAGACGGGAGAAGUAUAUGACGGACAAGGUGUGAGACGGAAAACAAGAAAACAGUCACCCAUUAAAGAAGUACAAUCGUGAAAGAGACACUGGCAGAUUAAGUUUAGGAGCAGUUUAGGAGCAGUAAGUAGAGGGCUUUUUUUUAAUCAUUAUUGUUUUCUUUUUAUUUUACGCCCUUGCACUGUCUCCUCUGCUGUAAAAAAAAAAAAUAGUGGAUGAAAACAAAAAACUUGGCCCGGCUUACGAAAAUAUAGACAUGUUGAACGAAAGAUUAAGAAAUGAUAAAGGUGGAAAAAUAAAUAAAAGGUCCAGAUUACAAAAAUUAUAUAGAGAUGUUGAAAGAAAGAAAAUAAAUAGGUUAAUGAGGUGAAAUAAGCAAGAGUAGGGAUGCUGAACGAAAGGAGGAGAAAAGGUAAGUUGAAGAAGUAGAUCCAAGUUACUAAAAUUAUUACAUGUUGAACGAAAGAAAAAAAUAGGUUAAGGAAGGGAAAAAAAACAUAACGAGGUACAAAUUACACAUAAAUAAAGACAUGCUAAACGGAAUAAAAAGAAAAGGCAUGCUGAACGAAAGAAGAAGAAAAGGUAAGUUGAAGAAGUAGAUCCAAGUUACUAAACGAAAGAAAAGAAAUAGGUUAAGGAAGGAAAAAAAUAUAACGAGGCCCAAAUUACACAUAAAUAAAGACAUGCUAAGGGAAAUAAAAAGAAUGAUAGGAUAAGAAAGAGGGAAUAAAUAAAGCAAGGCCCGGAUAACACAGACAUAUUAAACGAUAGAAAAAAAAUAAGAAAGGAAAAUGAAAUGAUGCAAGAGGAAAAGGAAAACAAGACUGAAAAAAGUAUUAGAAAGUCACAAUACACAAAGCUUAGUACAAAAAAGAGAAAAAUGAACCACUUAUUACUGACCUAUUGCAAACUGAUCUAUACGUUAGGUGCAGCGAAACUCAUACCGUAUUUAUAACGUAAUGCGAAGUUAGUGAUGUUGAUAUUGGAGAUGUAAAGACGGAGUGAGCGAGAACGAUAUAUAUUAAUAAACCUUUGAAGAAA